CCCGACACCCACCUCCCCUCAAUCAGCUCGUGCUCAGCGCACCGAGCCGUGCACCUCGCGCAUCCCGCUGCACCCGCGCGCCGCUCGCGGCCGGCAGAUGCCGGUGCUGCGCUGCAGCAAAGCGCCUCGCAUCUCGCUGCCGGCUCGCCGCCGAUAGGACCGCGCGCCACGAUGGCCAGCGCCGACACGGCGCCUGUCACGCUGCUCUGCUCCGUCGGCUCGACAUCCUUCCCAGCACUACCGCUCGCGCUGCUGGCGCCCGCCUGCCUGGCCGUGCUGCCGCCGGCGUCGCGCAUCGUGGUGCAGCACGGCGCGACGCCGCUGCGCGUGCUCCUCGAGCCGUUCCUCGCCGGCACGCAGCCGGGGCCCGACGUCGCCUGGGGCCUGCAUCGCCUGCCCGGCCGCAUCGGCUACGACGGCGCCACACGCGCACGCAUCGACCCGGGCGAGCAGGGCAGUCUGCGCGCCGCCUUCGAGUCGCCGCAGCCGCAGGGCGCCGGCGCCGUGCGGCCCAGCGGCCGGGCGGUGCGGCAGGCGGUGCGCAGACGCCGCGCGGCGAGGGCCGUCGGCGUGGACGAGGAGACGGCGGACUCGGUGGGCAUCCCUGCCGCAGACGAGUCGCAUUCGCCAGCUGCAUCGGACGAUGACGAAGGCACGUCUAGCUCGGAAGAGUCUGCUGGUCCGAUGGACUGGCAGAUGGACGCACGACCGUCGGGGCCAGCUCUAGCCGGUGCGGCAGGGUCAGACGACGGGCAUCGGCUCACGCUCGUGACGCCCGAGGGCAUCAAAGUCACGUUCGUCGACUACGUCGCCGAUCUCAGCGUCGAGAUCGCGCAGGCGGAUGUCGUGUGCUGCCAUGCGGGAGCCGGCACGUUGCUCGACGCACUCCGCGAGCGCUCAGACACGGAGCAGAAGCGCGGCGGCGCCGUCGAGGCGCCAAAGCGCCCGAAGCUCCUGAUCGUGCCCAACAGGACACUCAUGGACGACCACCAGGCCGAGCUGGCUGCGGCCAUGGCACAGCACGACUACUGCGCCACGGGCGAUGUCGCCACCCUGCCAGACGACCUCGCUAGGGUCCUCACGCGCAGCGCGGACUCCUUCACGCCCUUUCCGCCGUUCUCGCCGUCGCGAGUACGAGCACUUGUAGAUGGCAUUGCCGGCUUUGCGGCAGCAUAGAUGUGGUGGGACGUCUCUAGCGGAGCGUGUCUAGGCUAAGGUCUAGCGGAGCGUCUAGGAUAAGGUCGAGGCACGAUAUUUAGGGAGGGAGCAGAGAGAGCAGAAGGGGCGGAUGCUUCUAGAGGUGUGUCUAGUCGAAGGCAGCAGCGUUCAGCUGCGGGCGAUCCUGUUGUGGCGGGGCAGCUCGGCCAGAGGCACAGGCUCGGCUGCGGCCACCUGCAGCAGAUACAGGCGCUCCUCGGCCAGCAGGACAAUGCGCCCGCCGCUGGCCAGCACGACCUGCGUGCAGCCGAUCGGCGGCAGCACAAAGCGCCACAGCUGCGUGCCCGACGGCG